AUGCGUGCCUUUGCUGCUGCGUGGCUCCAGCACGUGCUGUCAGUAACGACGUUCGAUUCAGAACUCAAUAACAAAAACUUGACGACCCUUUUUGGGCCUAGUUUAUCCUUGAACGCGGAAAUCAUCUUACCAUCGGCAGACAAUUUCACACAAAGAUUGACUCCAAGAUGGACUAACUAUCUUCCACCAUCAUAUGUUGGAGCCAUCAAGCCAGCUACUGAGACUGAUAUACAAAACAUCGUUAAAAUUUCUGCGACAAAUUCAAUACCGUUUCUAACCACUGGAGGAGGUCAUGGAUUUUCCGAUUUUAGUUCUUUCAAUGGCAUUUCUAUCGAUCUGAGUAAAUUUAACACAAUACACCUGGACGCGGAUCAAAACACUGUGACCGUCGGCGGGUCAACCAGAAUUUCACAGCUUAUCGAUGUUCUACAUGAUGCCGGUAAAGAGCUGCCUCUCGGCUCUUGUAAGUGUGUUGGAGUAGUUGGAGCUACUAUUGGUGGGGGCAUCGGAGCGUUGCACGGCGUUCGCGGCCUUCUCUCGGACGCCCUUCAGUCAGUCAGAAUAGUUACCGCAGCCGGAACGAUUGUAGAAGCCUCUGCUGAUCAGAGUUCGGAUUUAUUCUGGGCCGUCAGAGGCGCCGGUAGCAAUUUCGGAAUAAUCGUGUCCGCAACCUACAGGAUAUAUGAAAUUACAAACAAUGGUGAGGCAGUCAAUGCGGACUUCGUGUUUUCAGCAAGCAGUAACGCUAGUUUCUGGGAAGUCAUGAAAAGUUUUGACGAUACUCUACCUUCGCAACUUGCUAUCACGGCUGUUGCCAUUUUCAACAGAACCAGUAAUGAGCCCGUAAUUACUGUCAACGCAAUAUACUAUGGACCCUUGAAAGAAGGAGAGAAGCAUUUGCAACCAUUCUUUGGCCUUAACCCAACUCGAAGUCAAGUCCUUACCGUCCAACAAAACAAACUCUUUGACGCCGCGUUCUUCAGUUUUUUUGGUCUUGACAAUGGAGCAUGCACACCAAACCAACAUUUGAACAUCUACACUGUUGGCCUGAAGCAUUACUCGCCUUCAACCUUCCAAUCCUUUUUCGCUAACAUGACCGCCUUCUGGAUAGCUAACCCCGAUUAUCAAGGACGUCUGCUAUUGCAGAGAUAUUCAAAUGAAGUUGUUGAUUCAGUACCGGACGAGGAAACGGCGUACGCAUAUCGUGGCAUCAAAACCUACAUGAACAUUGAAGGAUUUUAUACAGACACAAGAAUUGACGAUUCGGUUAACGAGUUUAGUACAGCUGCGCGGGCGGAAUUCGCCAAAACAAGUGGCUUUGAUUCCCUUGCCGUAUACUCUAACUACGCCCAUGGAGAUGAGGGUCCAGAAGCUUGGUACGGCACACGAAAACUGACAAAGCUUUCGGCACUAAAAUUGAAAUGGGACCCAACUGAGCUCUUUAGCGCCCAUCUACCUAUACCUCUAGAUUGGAAAUAA